AUGGGCCUCCUUACCUUGAUCGAAGACCGUCCCACACCAAAAUGCGUAUAUAACUGGCGAGUCUACUUUUCAGCAGCCGUUGCUGGCUCCGCCGCCAUUAUGAUCGGUUACGAUAGUGCCUUCAUUGGCGGUACUCUCGCUCUCCCUUCUUUCAAGGACGAAUUCCACUUCGAUGACCUUUCCAAAUCCGAAGUCAAUCUCACCUCCGCCAAUAUCGUCUCUUGUUACCAAGCAGGAGCCUUUUUCGGAGCCUUUUUCGCCUACGCCGCCGGUCAUUUCCUCGGUCGCAGGAUUGGACUCAUGGCCUUUAGCGCUAUCUUUACCCUGGGUGCUGGACUUAUGUUGGGGGCCAACGGCUCUCGUGGCCUUGGUCUCAUAUACGGAGGUCGAGUCCUUGCGGGUAUCGGUGUUGGCGGAGCUUCGAACUUGAGUCCGAUUUUCUGUUCCGAAAUCUCUCCACCUGCUAUUCGCGGACGUCUGACCGGGUUGUAUGAAAUGAGCUGGCAGAUUGGCGGAUUAGUGGGCUUCUGGAUCAACUAUGGAGUUGCAGAGACCAUGACCCCGUCUCAUCGUCAAUGGAUCAUUCCAUUCGCGGUUCAACUGAUUCCGGCGGGCCUCCUCUUCGGAGGAGUCUUUUUCGUCAAAGAGUCCCCCCGAUGGCUCUUCUCCAGAUCUAGGCGUGAAGAAGGCAUCAGGAAUCUCUGUUGGUUGCGAAAACUCCCGGUCGAUCACGUCUAUCUGCAAGAAGAAAUUUUUGCAAUCGAUAAUGCGAUCGAACAACAACGCACCGCGGUCGGUUUGGGCUUCUGGCAGCCAUUCAGAGCUGUCAUCAAUGACCGAAGAGUGACCUACCGCUUCCUGCUCGGUGGUUCUCUCUUCUUGUGGCAGAAUGCAACUGGAAUCAACGCCAUCAAUUACUAUUCGCCUACUGUGUUUAAAUCAAUCGGCAUCACAGGAACAAACACCUCCCUGCUGACGACAGGAGUGUUCGGUGUCGUCAAGACGGUCAUCACACUGUUCUGGCUUUUCUUCCUGAUCGAUAAGCUUGGACGCCGUGGCUUGCUCAUCUAUGGUGCAGUCGCCGGAUCCUUGUGCAUGUGGUACAUCGGUGGCUACAUUGCUGUUUCCCAGCCUGAAGACCACCCCAGUGGCACCCUCUCCUCUGGAGGCAUUAGCGCAAUGGCAUUUUUCUACCUGUGGACCGCCUGCUAUACCCCAUCCUGGAACGGCACCCCAUGGGUUCUGAACUCUGAAAUGUUCGAUCAGAAUGUCCGUACUUUGGCACAGGCAUUCGCCGCUGCCAAUAACUGGUUCUGGAAUUUCAUCAUUGCCCGAUUUACACCACAAAUGUUCGCUACAAUGUCCUUCGGCGUAUACUUCUUCUUCGCAUCCCUUAUGCUGUGCGCGGCCGUCUUUGUCUUCUUCCUCAUUCCAGAGACGAAAGGUAUCCCGCUCGAAGCUAUGGAUCGCCUCUUCAGCAAAGAGUACCCUGCUCGACGUGCACACACUACCGUCCUGACGCAGAUUCGGCUCGAGGAGCAAGAGUUCAGACGCCAGGCCGUCGAUGAAAAACAAGAUGUUGAGGAACACGAGGGAUAUGCUGUUGAUAUGAAGCAUGUUGAAAAAGCGUAG